CCACAAUCAGCUGUCGAGUUAAUUGGCGAGAAUCUAUUUUUUCAUAAAAAAUUCACUAAAAUGUGUGUUAAAUGGCAUGUGGUUUGAUUUGUUUACCAAUUAAAAGUGUACGGUGGUAGUGUUGGGGAGCGGUCUGUGCGGAUGGCGGGCGCAAAAAGCGAGUGUGUCGAGUGACCGCGGGCGCGGCUCGCCUGGGCCCCCGCUGGAGGCAUGCGGCGGCAUGGCGGAGGCUGCGGGCACGUCGCGCGGCCUCCGUGUCUACAAGAUCGUGGUGCUGGGCGACGGCGGCGUCGGCAAGUCCGCAGUCACACUCCAGUUCGUUAGUCACAGCUUCUUGGACUACCAUGACCCCACAAUAGAGGACUCAUACCAGCAACAGGCAGUGAUUGAUGGGGAGCCUGCACUGCUAGACAUCUUGGAUACAGCUGGACAGGUGGAGUUCACAGCUAUGCGGGAGCAGUACAUGCGUUGUGGCGAGGGCUUUAUGCUGUGCUACUCGGUAACGGACCGACGCUCGUUUCGUGCGGCCGCCGAGUACAAGCGCCUCCUCGCGCAGGCGCGGCCCAGUGAGCGCCUACCGCUUGUGCUCGUGGGGAACAAGCUGGACCUGGCGCCGAGGUUUAGACAAGUAACAACUGAAGAGGGCAAGGCGUUGGCGACACAACUGGGGUGUCCGUUCUACGAAACGUCGGCGGCGCUACGGCACUUCGUGGAUGACGCUUUCCACGGGCUCGUGCGCGAGAUACGACGCCUCGAGCGACAGAGACAGUCUUCAAUCCUGGGCAGCGCUACAUCCGGAGGCGGCGGCCGUCGUCGCUGGAGACGUCUUCGCAGCAUCUUCGCUCUCGUCUUCCGCCGCCGGCGCCGCCACACGCCCUGAGCACAGGUCUCUAUGCUCCUCACUUUAAAGCCUAUAUUCGUUUAAACGUCCGAUCUUAAUAUACAUUUCAGUUGAACAUAUCUAAAGCCAUUCGCAUACCUAUUUCUUUAUGCGCAAAAAUAGUCUUUAUCAUGUUAAAUAUAAAGUCUAUUACUAUGCACAUAAAAGUUCUUUAUAGUCUUCGAUUUAAAGUCAAUAUUUGUAUAACGGAAUCGGAACGGAACGGUUCACACGGAAUUAACAUCGCACGUUUUUGCACAAAAAAGCAAAAAACGUGCGUUCUAAAAGAGUCUAAAUCUUACCGAAUACGUAGUGACCUGAGUCUGAGUAUAAAACCGUUCACACGGUUAAAACUGUGGGACGUUUUAACUUACCUAAUAGCUUAUGGCACUUAACUUUUUUAAAUAUGUGUUUGGUGAAAAUAUGUCACAUAAAAAGUGUUCUAUAAACUGAAAUGUGAAUUAUGAUCGAAAUCUCAACUUCCUCUACCUCAUAUUGAUGCUUAUUAUUAUAAGUUAUUGUGUUAUGUACCUAUUUUAGCCAUGUAACUAACGUACGUUAACUAUUUUAUUGAUAAAAUUAAAUAUUAUUCCAUAAUAAUUAUUAUUAUCGUCUUCGCAAAUGAUAUUAAUAGUAACAAUCUUUCUUGUUCCCUUAGUAUAAGCUUUUAUCAAAUUCGAAGACGUAAUUUGAUGACGAGAUGACUUCAAAAUAAUGACCCUCUUUGGUGUAUUUUUACCUGACAUUACCAUAUCGCAGUCCACGUAAAUCAUCAAAGUUUUCGAGAUGUGGAAACCUGUACUAAGUGAACUAAAAUAAUAAUUAUUAUUGCAUUCUACCUCUUUUGUAUUUAAAUACGGUUCCUGAUAAAAGCCAUAUAAAUAAAUAUAAAACAACAUAGGGGAAUGUCUGCGUACAAUACUAUGAAACUCAAAUAAUGCACAGUAUAAGCUAAUUCUUAUAAUUUUAUUAAUUCUUAAAAGUCUUAGUUACAAUCGGUAUUCUAUUUUUGUUUAGAAUGAAUACUUGGAAAUAGCUACUAUAACAAUUCAUGUAGUUUUUAUGAGCACAAUUUUAAUAACCUAAUAUAGGCUUAAUAUAGGCCUAAUUCCUGAGUUAUAUUCAAGUUAUAUGAAUAAUACAGACUUUUAUGUAUAUAAAACGUUUGGUACUUAAUAUAAAAUCUAGGAUUCAAUGAUACAAACUAAAAAGCUAAAGGUAGCAAUAUCGAAUUCCAAAUUAAACUUUGAUUCUUUUGUAUAUAUACAAAAGCUACCCAAAGUAAUUCAACAAAAUCAACAAGAUAACUAAAAGUGGUGUUAUCCUUUUCCUUAAAUUUCUCACGGAAAAGGACCACAAUAUAGCUUUCAUUUUGUUGUAACCAUUUUUGUAUCUAUGAACGAAAAUAUUAAGUCUUCGGUUAUACUUGUCUAAUAAGAACACAACUUUCAAGGAUCUCCCACACAAUUGAACAUCGUUAUACUAAAAUGUACCAACCAACAUAACAUUAUUAAAAAAAACAAUUGAACAUUGUUAUGCCAAAAUGUACCAACGCACAUAUUGCCAAAAAGAAUUUGAUUAUUUUUCAAUUACUAGAAAUAACAUAAACACUAUUAUGUCAAA